AUGAUUGGAUUGCAACGCGCCCCGACUCCUCGUCCCCCGUCCGCCGCAAACCACCGUCAUAUCCACCGCGGCCCAUCCAUGGAGCUGCCCAAGUCAAGUAGUCGCCUGUCGAAAAACCCGCCUCUGCCAUCGGGCGCUGCGACGCGGACGACGGAUCCUCGCUACAGCCACCACGACAUCGCCAGUCCGCGCAACCCGAGCUCUUCCUCCACCUCGCUCAAGAGAGCUCCGUCCGCCCCAAUCUUUCCACGCACUCACGGCCCUCGACUCGCGCGCCAAAGUCCUUCGCCCUCGUCUAAUCCCUUCACUGAACGUCCUCUCGUCCCGCCGCUCGCGGAGAAGCUUUGCCUCUCAUCUCCCGCUGCUCGGGGUGUGCCGACGGAUGGCCCAAGUCCCUCUUCGUCCCAUCGCGAGUUUACUAAGCAACCACCGCGCUAUCGUCAUUCGAUCCGCCAUCGUCUGGCGCCCGCCGUUCCCUCGGCCAUUCCAAAGGCUCCUCACGCGGCGCCCACAACUACCACACUCUCCCGCUCCACUUCGGACUCGCGAUUGUCGAGUCGCCACCACCAACAGUACCAGCUCUAUCACCGUCAGCCGCCGCCACCGCCCGCACAAGCUGCCCUCAGUUACCCACUACCAUCUACACGCGAGAGAAUGAAUGAGAAAGCCCCGGCCCGCGUCCAAGAGAGUUACAUUACCACCCCCAAGCGAUUUUCUGACGAGGCCAAGGAGACGAAUAAACUCGCCAUGCUACGAAAGAAGACAGGCUUUUCCGGCUUCAUCUCCACAACCUUCGGCGUCGGCUCGACCCGCUCCGUCAAGAUAUCCUCCCCUGAAAACCCCGUUCACGUCACCCAUGUUGGCUAUGACAACCAGACCGGUCGCUUCACCGGACUUCCUAAGGAAUGGCAACGCCUAAUCACUGACAGCGGCAUAACCAAACGCGAGCAAGAUGAGAAUCCUCAGGUCAUGGCAGCCAUUGUUGGCUUCUACAAAGAGAGCACGGAAAAGGGUGGUGAAGAAGUAUGGGAUAAGUUUGAACAUACAAAAUCUCCCGACCUGCGCAUCUCACCUCAAACCUCAACUGGCUCAAGUCCGCCCACCACUGCCGCCACCACCAACUCAUCUCCUCUCACCAGUCCUCGCUUUCCCUCUAACCAUGAGACUAGUUUUGAGAAUCCCCGAUCGCCCCCUCCAGUGCCUCGCUCACACGCGCCGUCCGCCGUUAGCCGUGUCUCGUCACCUACCGAUGUCAACGGUCUUUUGCCUACUCGGCCUGCUCCGAAGCCUCCCAUGGCUACAUCCAUCACAUCUAAAGCCAUCCCUUCACCCCUCGUGACCAAAGAUUCGGGCAUCGACAUGCCGCGUCACUCUGAUGACCUACCUGCCCUUACCUACGUGCCUCCGCACCAAUUCGACCCUAAUACAAUUCCUAUUCCUGAUUCGACCGUGCUACAGGCCGCAGUAUCAACCAAAACGGGCGCUCCCGCCGCUAUCUCCACGCCCAUCACCCACGUGGCUGGCCCACAGACCUCUUACCAACGCCAGCUCGCUCAGCAACAAGAGAAACAAGCAUACCAGGCCUCGCUGGCACGCGCUCCCAGUCAUCGAAAGCAGCCACCUGUCGUUCUCCCCCCGCCCCUGUCGAGAACCGAGGUACCGGGAAUUCCGCACCCCAUUCAGCCUGUCCGGGCUGUGCCUGGACCCCGGCCCCGUCAGCGGGCUGGACGCCAAAGCCAGGGUAUCGAUAUCGUCGCCCGUCUCAAGCAAAUCUGUUCUGAAGGCGACCCACGUGAAAUUUACCAGGAUCUCAACAAGAUUGGCCAGGGUGCCUCGGGUGGUGUAUACACAGGCUACGAGCGCGGUACAAAUCGCCUCGUCGCCGUUAAGCAGAUGAACCUCGAACAGCAACCCAAAAAAGAUUUGAUCAUUAACGAGAUCAUUGUUAUGAAGGAAAGCUCUCACCCUAAUAUUGUCAACUUCAUCGAUAGCUUUUUAAUGCUCGGAGAGCUCUGGGUCAUCAUGGAGUUUAUGGAAGGGGGCAGUCUGACUGAUGUAGUAACCUUCAAUAUCAUGUCGGAAGCGCAAAUCGCCGCCGUGUGUCGCGAAACCCUAAAGGGCCUGCAGCACCUUCAUUCAAAGGGUGUGAUCCAUCGCGAUAUAAAGUCUGACAAUAUUCUCCUUUCCAUGGAAGGGAGCAUAAAACUAGCGGACUUCGGCUUUUGUGCUCAGAUUAAUGAUGCCCAUAAUAAACGGACGACGAUGGUCGGGACGCCCUACUGGAUGGCACCUGAAGUCGUGACGCGCAAAGAGUAUGGACGUAAAGUCGAUAUCUGGUCACUCGGUAUUAUGGCCAUCGAAAUGAUUGAAGGCGAGCCUCCAUACUUAACAGAAUCUCCCCUUCGUGCUCUUUUCCUCAUUGCUACCAACGGGACCCCUUCGAUAAAGCAACAAGAUGAGUUGAGCCCAACCUUCAAGGAUUUCCUCUUCUUUGCUCUCAAAGUCGACCCGGACAAACGAGCUAGUGCUCAUGACCUUCUACGCCACGAUUUCAUUAAACAAUCCGCCGAGCUAAUCACACUCGCGCCACUCGUCUGUGCGGCGCGCGUCGCUCGCGCCAACGAAAGAGCUCAGAAGCAAGCUUUGUAA